AUGAUCUUCAAUACUUAUCAUUUGGGUUGUGCAGAGUGGGUCAGGGAUAACGUCUAUGCCGCAUAUGUUCAUCUUCGAGCCGCAAAGUUCAUGGUGGACAGCAGUGGUGGCCUUGAAGCGCUGGACCAGCCUUUCGCAGAACUCCUUGUUCUUGGAGACGGCUUUGUGGCAGCCGAGUUGCAAAAGAAACCGCUUUUCUCUCACCAGGAACUGCAGCGAGUAGACGAAGAGCCUGUGGAGGAAUACGGUCUGUAUUAUCUGCGAAAGCUCCUGACUGGCUCGGUGCCAGCUGGAGCAGGCUUUUUGCUUUCAAGCCAACAUUCAAUUGUCCCACCAUCCCUCAGGUCCAUAGUCAUGGAUCUCGCCGUGGGCGUCAGCAUUAUGAAUUCUUACUUUCAAACCCGAAUGGAUCAAGUUGCUCCUGUCGCAGUCGUUCACUGGGUUUUCCGCCGCACUUUGAUUAAUCGCCAUUGCCUUCUUAAUCUUGAGUUCGAAGAAUUGAGAAGCGAGGCACUGCGACUUGCCCUCAUUAUGUGGACGCUGAGAACGACUGGAGCAGGACGAAAACGUACGUCGAGAAGUAUGGCCCCGUAUUUGCGUGAGAUAUUGGUCAUCAUCUCGCAGGCGUUCUGGAACGGACAUGAGGAAAUUAAGGCAUGGAUCCUGACUAUCGGGGCAAUAUCCGCAGCUCCGAAUAGCAAUGAAAACAAGUGGUUCAUACGCGAGCUCUCUUCACAAUUCUUCUACGGAAUUCGAGACUCGACGAUUGUCUUGCAAGGCCUGCUUGCACGGGCAGGCCGAUUUUUAAUGCUGGAGGCAACAGAACGUGAGACAUUGGAAGAUCUGUCACAUGUAAUUGUAGCUGCUAGCACGAGCCCGAGAGGAGGGAAAUGGUAA